UAAAAUCUCAUGUUGCGGCAUUUAAUAAUGAAACGAACUGGUCAUUAAAAUAAUAUACGUUCGUUACGUGAAGGUGCAAAGCAUUCAAUUGGUCUCCAACCCGGAAGGGGUAGAGCUAGAGACAUUUUGAGAAGGGUAAGAAUUGUAAGGUUAAAGUUGAUAUAGAGUACUUACUACUGAUUUACAAUUCUCACCGUGUUUUGGGAAAAGGAAUAAAGAAGCUCACACAGUGGAAGUAAAGAAAAAAAAGAACACCAAGCCCCCUCCCCACCCCCAUGUACAAUGAAAUUGGCCUAGAGUCGGAUUCUUUCCAAAAAUAAAAAAGAAAAAAAAAACCAAGCACAUAAAGGAAACAAGACAAGAAAACUGUCAAAGAAAUGUACAAAGUUUAAACUUGUUGUUCUGGUUCACUAUUAAAUAUAUUCUUUCGCAACCAGAAACUAAUUUUCUCAUUCUCAUUUAUAUAUACAUAUAUAAAAUUUGGAGUGUCCUGCAUAUGUUGUUUUCAAAAAACUUCAACAUCGACAAAAAAAGAUCGAGUGGUACAAACCACAAUAUAUUAUAUAGAAGCAGGUAUACAUCACAAUGUUCAGACGUUUCGGUACUAUAGCAGGUGUAACGGCCAAGUCGUCUGUCCUCAACAGCCUGACUAUGUCCUUACAUAGACCGGUUGCCUCCAUUUUCAACCGUUCAUUUUCAUCGAACUCAACCCUUUAUAAUGCAUCUUCAUCAUCUGCUUCUAGUCCAGUUUCAUUCAACAACAUAGGUUCUACUAGUGCUCCAGCCCAAGAUGCUGGCUCUUCAGCAACCACCAAAUCAGUCAAGAAUGAGAAGGUUGUCUUGUGGAAGUUGAAUGCCACUUUCAACAGACAUAACACUCUUCUUACUCUCGUAGCAGUGGUUGAAGAUUUGGAUUUCAUUAAGAACAAUCCAACUUUGUCAUACAAUGAACAGGUCAUGUACUACCUUAGACUCCCACAUCACCCAAAGAUCCAUGUUUCCGCUGGUCAAUUAGGGUUCAGAAAGGCUCAAAGAGCUGAAUACGAAGCAGGAUAUCAAGUUACAAACAAAAUGUUUAAGCUCAUAGAGGAAAGACACCUUUUAGGACCAAAGGAUAAGGUCGAAUUGGUGUUGAACAAAUUCGGAAAGGGUAGAGAAGCAUUCUUGGCAGCCUUGCAAGGUAAGGAAGGUGCUAAGAUCAAACCACAUAUCGUAAGAAUCUCUGAUGAUACUAAGAUUAAGUUUGGUGGUGUAAGAUCGAAGAAAUUGAGAAGAUUGUAGAGAUUUUUUACCAUAAAUGAUCUCAUUAAAGAUUUAAAGAAUAUCAGAAAUACAAGGUUGUUGAUUUCCACCUCUCUUUCUGAUGAUUCAAUAAUAAUCUUUAAAAGGCUUUUUAUUGAGUGCAACGGUAAAUAGACCUGUAUAUACAUGCAAUGGAAUGAUUAAGAAUAA